AUGGCCCCUUACGUCUGCCUCGCCGCUUCCGACCUCGUCGGCGGCGGCCGUGACGUAGCACUAGAUGUGGCAUCUGCCCUUCAUCUCAUGCACACAGCUGCAUGGGCACAUGGCCGUUUAAUUGGCCUUGACUUAACUACUACUACUACUACUUCUUCUUCUCCUCGUACAUACUCUCCCGGAGUUGAGCUUCUCACCGGAGAUGGAAUUUUCCCACUUGGCUUUGAGAUUGUAGCAAGGAACAAGGAGGUAGAGCCAGAGGUUGGAGUGAAGGUGGUGAUGGAGAUGGUGGAGAUGAUGGGAGGGAUCAUUGAAGGGCAGUUAGGGAGGGUGGAAGGAGGUAUAGAUAAGGAGUUGGUUUGGAAGGAGAGAGUGGAGGAGAGGUUGUGUGGUUGUGGUGGAGCUUGUGGAGUAAUGGUGGGAGGAGGAGGAGGAGGAGGAGAAGAGAUGGUGGAGAAGGGGAGGAGAGUGGGGAUGUAUUUAGGAGCCAUUAGUGAAGUUGUGAAGAGUGGGAAAGGGUUGGAAAGGGUUGAGAGGUUGAAGAUGAAGGUGGUGGAGGAGUUGGAGGUGUUUGACUUUGAGAGAAGGAAGAGCUUGUGGGACCUACUUGAAUUUUGUUUGACUGGUCAAACAGUUGCCGCCGGCGGCGGCGGCGGCGGCAGGAUCUCCGGUCAAGUGGAGCUUUAA